CACCUCGGUUUGCGUCGGCGUCUCCUGCGGCUUCCUGCGUUGUCCUCGGGGUCCCUGCAGCCCUCGGAGCCCGGACCGGAGCGCUCCCUCGCCAGUCAUGGAGAUGAAGGCCGUUUGCGUGUUGAAGGGCCAGGGCCCGGUGGAGGGCACCAUCCGCUUCGUGCAGAAGGGAAAGGGGCCUGUUGAGGUGUCAGGAACCAUUACAGGAUUGACUGAAGGCGAGCAUGGAUUCCACGUCCAUCAGUUUGGAGAUAAUACACAAGGCUGUACCAGCGCAGGUCCUCACUUUAAUCCUCUAUCCAAAAAACACGGUGGGCCGAAAGAUCAAGAGAGGCAUGUUGGAGACCUGGGCAAUGUGACUGCUGGCAAGGAUGGCGUGGCCGUUGUGUCCAUGGAAGAUUCUCUGAUCUCACUCUCAGGAGACCAUUCCAUCAUUGGCCGCACAAUGGUGGUCCAUGAGAAACAAGAUGACUUGGGCAGAGGUGGCAAUGAAGAAAGUACACAGACGGGAAACGCCGGGAGUCGUUUGGCUUGUGGUGUCAUUGGGAUCGCCAAGUAAAUAUUCCCUAGGAUGCCGUCUGAGUCCUAGUAGCUCCUCUGUUAUCUUGCUAGUUGUAGAAAUUUAACUGGAUAAACAUUAAACACUGUAACCUUAA